AUGAGUGAGAAAAUUGUUCAAUCUUCCAAUGACGAAGCAGCUACACUAACUGCUGUUGAUUAUAUUCAAAAUCAAGAGGAAUUGGAGAAAGAGGCGAGAGAAUUAAUGCCUUACGAUCCAAAUGAAUGCACCUACGAAAUGGGAGAAUUACGUCAGCCAUUAUUUGCUUGUUUGACAUGUUCAGCUGAGAAUGAAAAUCAACCAAUAGGAGUAUGUUACUCGUGCUCUAUACAGUGUCAUCUGCAGCAUGAGUUGGUUGAAUUGUUUACUAAAAGGUCAUUUGUAUGUGAUUGUGGAACUACAAGAAUGAAGAACACAAAGGACGGUGCUUGCAAAUUACGAAGACACGGGAAAAAGGAGUCAAGUGGUCGGAAACUUUCAAAUUCUUCUGCCACACAUUCAACAUAUUUGGAACUAGCCGCUGAAGACAUUCCCAGUAGUUCUAAUACUUACAAUCAGAAUUAUCAUGGGAGGUUUUGUGGCUGUAAACAAGUUUAUAACCCUUUAGAAGAAACGGGUCAUAUGAUUCAAUGUUACUUUGGAUUUACCUGUGGCGAAGAUUGGUAUCAUGAUAGAUGCGUAAUGGGUAUUACAUUCGCAGAUGAGAAAGCAAAUCAGAAACACGGGAACUCACAAGAAGAAUCUGUGCCAGAUGGUACAAACAUCAAGACAGACAUUUCAAAAGCACAACUGGAAUCAGCUGAUAUUGAUCUGAUUGAGAAACUUCAGUAUUUUCCAAAACUAGAGACUUUCGAUGAGUUUAUAUGUUGGCGGUGUGUUACCCUGUUUAAAGAUGUAUUCGAAGACUUGGACAAACAUUUUCCUGGAGUGAUAUUGUCAAAAUUGCCACGAUUUUCAAACACUAGCACGGUUGAGGACUGGUAUGCUAAGAGGGAAAAACUACUUGAACCAUGCUUUAAAAAAAUUAAAAUAGAAGAAAGUUCUGGUAAAUUGGGAGAAUUUCAUAAUCAAGAAUACUCAUUGUUUUUGAGUAACGAUUUCCGAUUUAAAUUGAUAGAUAACUACGAGAGUCUUGAUCACGAGUCGAAAUUGUACAAAUUCUUGCUUAAUAAUUCGUUUCUUUUCAAAGAUGAUCCUAUAUUCAAGCCACCUGAAGAUGAUUCGGAAGAAGAUUGUUACUCAUCGUCAAACGCUGGCACUGGACGUGCUUUGGAGACAUUACCUCGUGACAAAGCAAUUGAAAGUAUCCAGGCAUACGAUAAGAUCAAAUCUAAAUUGAAAGAUUUUUUUAAACCAUUUGCCGAACAAGGUAAGGUUGUUACUGAAGAGGAGGUAAGAAACUUUUUUGGUCACAUUGAUGAUAAAAACAACGACUCGGGACAAUAA